CGGACUGUCAAAAAAAUCCAAAAAUAGAAAAGAAGCUUUCGAUCCGUGCAGUGGCGUUUAUCGAUUUAUUGCAAAUCACAACAGAAAUUCCAGUUAAAGUACACUAAAACAGUAUAUUUUUAACGUGUUGUGCACUGUAGUGUUUCCACCCCGUGACAAUGAGUGGUAAUCGGGGAAAUUUCAGCUUUUCAAUGCGUCGAGCUGGACAGCUUGCAGGUUCAUUCGCUGGCCGACAGCAGCAGCAACCGCAACAACAACAACAGCCACAGGCGCAAAAGAAUUUUUCUCUUAAUGCCGUUCCUCCUCCCAGCUCGCUGUGUGGCCGCGGUUCUGGGUUUCCACCGCCAAAGUCGUACCACCAGCAAAAUGCCGGUUCAGUAUCCAAACACGGUUAUCAUACCAUGGAUGCUAUUGCAGCAUACUCGAACUCAUCGUCUCAAUACAACUUAGGCAAAAAGCGAGGACGAACCGACGAUGAAAGUUACUUCGAGGAGGAAGAAGAACCGUCCGCUCAGCUGGAAUACAUCCCUGCACCCGGGUCGCCAUCUGCAGCAGGAACACAAAACAAGAAAACGGACAAUGAUGACGACGACGAGGACGAUGAUGAUGAUCCACUGGAUGCUUUUAUGGCGGGAAUCGAAGCGCAGGUUGAACGGGAGAAGAAGCUGAUUCCAGAGCCAAAUGUUGAUCCGAAGAAGGGUGUUCGAGGCGACAUUGAUGACGAGGAUGACGAAGAAAGCUACUACCGUUACAUGGAAGAAAAUCCGAAUGCCGGCUUGGUCGAUGGGGACGGAUCCGAUGCCGAGCAAGAGUAUGACGCAGAGGGAAAUCCUGUGCAUACUAAAAAGCGUGACAUCGAUCCACUUCCAAUGAUCUAUCAUUCGGAGAUUGAGUACGAAAAGUUCGAAAAAAAUUUCUAUAUUCCCCAUGAGGACAUUAUUGGGUUGAGCCAGAACAAGAUACAUGAACUGCGUAACAAGUUGGGUGUUCGGGUUUCUGGCCUUAUGCCACCGGCACCGGUUACUAGCUUUGCUCACUUUGGCUUUGAUGAGUCGCUGAUGAAAGCUAUCCGAAAAUCUGAAUACACUCAGCCGACGCCAAUCCAGGCCCAGGGAGUGCCAACUGCACUCAGUGGUCGUGACAUAAUUGGUAUUGCCAAGACUGGAAGCGGUAAAACGGCAGCGUUUUUGUGGCCCAUGCUAGUGCAUAUAAUGGACCAGAAAGAACUUGGCGCUGGAGAUGGGCCAAUCGGGUUGAUAUUGGCACCGACUCGUGAAUUGUCAUUGCAAAUCUAUCAGGAGGCUAAAAAGUUUGGCAAGGUUUACAACAUCAGCGUUUGCUGCUGCUAUGGAGGAGGAUCUAAGUGGGAACAGAGCAAGGCCUUGGAACAGGGAGCCGAAAUUGUGGUCGCCACUCCAGGUCGUAUGAUCGAUAUGGUUAAGAUGAAGGCCACUAAUUUGAGACGCGUAACUUAUCUGGUGCUGGAUGAGGCUGACAAAAUGUUCAACAUGGGCUUCGAACCCCAGGUUCGUUCGAUUUGUAAUCAUGUCCGUCCGGAUCGGCAGACACUGCUGUUUAGUGCAACUUUCAAGAAACGGAUCGAACGUCUCGCCCGUGACGUUCUCACCGAUCCGAUUCGAAUUAUUCACGGCGAUCUGGGAGAAGCCAAUGAGGAUGUCACGCAGCAUGUUAUUCUCUUUAGUAACCCGGCACACAAAUGGAAUUGGUUGAUGUCAAACUUCGUUCAAAUUCUUUCCGAAGGAAGUGUGCUAAUUUUUGUCACGAAGAAAGCUGAUGCGGAACAGGUUGCCAACAAUAUUCGUUUGAAAGAGUACGAUCCGGUUCUGCUGCAUGGUGAUAUGGAUCAGACAGAUCGUAACACGGUAAUCACUAGAUUCAAGCGUCGCGAGGUGGAAAUAAUGGUUGCCACCGAUGUGGCCGCUCGCGGUCUUGACAUUCCGCACAUUAAAACCGUCGUGAACUACGACAUUGCACGGGAUAUUGAUACUCACACACAUCGCAUCGGUCGUACCGGCCGAGCGGGUGAAAAGGGCACCGCUUAUACGUUGGUUUUGGAGAAGGACAAAGAAUUCGCUGGUCAUUUGGUUCGAAAUCUAGAAGGCGCCAAUCAGCCAGUUCCGGAAGACCUGCUAAAAUUAGCAAUGGAAAGCUCAUGGUUCCGAAACUCACGUUUCAAGCAGAACAAUAAAGCUAAGAACUUGAACGUCGGUGGAGCAGGGCUUGGUUUCCGUGUGCGACCCGCUCCCUCAGGACCACUGCGCUCUGCGUCGGACGGCCCUGGCUCUUCAGCUGGGUCCGGUGGCACUAAACAACCGAUGGAUCGACUUUCGGCAAUGCGUGACACCUUCCGCGCUCAAUACAACGCACAAUUCAAAGCGUCUUCCGAUAGAACCUGGGAAAACACGAUCCCCGAGGGAGGCGUUUUCGCGAAACCGCCGAUGGCAGGUUUCGUGCCAGCGGCCAGUGGUAACGGUGGGGAGAUUUCACAAAACCGCUCCAGCGAUGAUCGCAAUAAUGAACAGCAUCAACAACAGCAGCCGGGUGGCGAGGAUCGACCACGAAAGAAAAAAAGUAGAUGGGAUUAAGCGUAUCGUAGACUGUCUAAUACUACUAGUAGGAUUUGUAAUCCCGUUUAUUUUUUUUUGUAUUUAAAUUGUGUUUUCUGUGUCGCUGGCCCUAAUUGUGGAACCUAAGUUGCAUCACUGCGAUCACGUAUGAAAUAAAGUCUUCAUGUUCAUUCUAGAUGAAAACUAGCUGUCCGGCAACUUCAUUCGGAGUUCCAUUAAAUCUAAUGUUCAAGGUCUACCUACGAAAUAAAAUUUGAAUUGAGAGCAGUUCA